GGAGAUAUCUAUGUGAAAUACCUAGCUGAACAGUAUCUGAGCUGUAUCUGCAGAAGAAAGAUCUGAGAAGUUUGAGCUACAGCUGAGGCAGCUGCAUCCCUAUGAGGCCAAUCCGAAUAAAGUCUCUGGCUCCGUUGAUGAUGAUAACCAGAAGGCUGCUUGUGUGUGCGCUCAGUGACGUUUGCCGUGUCGACUUGUGCACUUAGUCUCCACAGCAGACCCUGAGAGAGCCUCAAAAGACCACAAAUCAGAGCAUAUUAGAGUGAGAUGGAGAAGCUGAGUGGAAGGAGGAGACAGAUGGACUGACAGAAGGACUAAGUCAUCCAUAGGUUAAUGUCUGAGGCUAAAGAAUAUAUGGAGGAACGGGGUGCGGAGAAGCAAGGACAACUGUCUGCGGAGCCAGGAGUACUGAAUAAAGCAGUGAACACUGAUUGGGGAAACCUACAAAAUGUCAAAGAUUUAUCAGAGAUGCUGGUUAGUAUUCAAGAAAGCUUCAAGCAAAGGGCCAAAACGACUGGAGAAGUUUUCAGAUGAGCGUGCUGCCUAUUUCAGGUGCUAUCACAAGGUCACAGAACUCAAUAAUGUAAAGAAUAUCUCACGACUGCCCAAAAGCACGAAGAAACAUGCUGUAGGCAUUUAUUUUAAUGAUGACACCUCCAAAACCUUUGCAUGUGAAUCAGAUUUUCUGGGCAUUUAUACAGAACUCGAGGCAGAUGAGUGGUGCAAAGUGCUGCAGAUGGAAUGCCUAGGAACGCGAAUUAAUGACAUAAGCCUUGGAGAGCCUGACUUGUUGGCAAGUGGGGUAGAAAGGGAGCAAAAUGAAAGAUUCAAUGUAUAUUUGAUGCCAUCCCCCAAUUUAGAUGUGCAUGGGGAAUGCACCUUGCAGAUAACAUUUGAGCAUAUCUGUCUUUGGGAUAUCCAAAAUCCCAGAGUAAAACUCAUCUCUUGGCCAUUAAGUGCCCUCCGACGGUAUGGACGAGACCCGACUUGGUUUACGUUUGAAGCAGGGAGGAUGUGUGACACUGGGGAAGGACUAUUCAUCUUUCAGACAAGAGAUGGGGAAGCGAUUUAUCAGAAGGUUCACUCAGCUGCUUUGGCCAUAGCAGAACAACACGAGCGCUUACUGCAGAGUGUGAAAAAUUCAGUGCUUCAGAUGAAAAUGAGCGAACGAGCUGUCUCCCUCAGCACCAUAGUGCCCUUGCCUCGGAGUGCCUACUGGCAGCACAUCACACGGCAGCACAGUGCGGGCCAGCUCUAUGGCCUACAAGAUGUUUCAAGCCCCCUGAAGCUUCAUCGAACAGACACGUUCCCUACUUACAGAUCAGAGCAUUGAUAAAAGACUGUAAAGGAUUGAAAACUCUUGUGUCUUGUGACAGCCUGGCCCAAUGGCUAAUAAGGAUGACGGCAAGCAAGCAAAAGGUGGAAAUACUGAAAAAUUCAGCUUGGAUUGAAUUAAGUCCUUGAAUACAUUUUUUUUUAACCUUGGCAAGAAAUAAAUGUGUUCUGUAGAUAUUUAAAAAAAUGUCAGACCAACUAUCACAAUGUUUAUUUAAUAAUUUACACCUGGAGGGGACAGACAUGCCCCCUAAAUGUUACUGAAUGUUUUUAUAUGAGAGAUAUCUGUUGCAAAUAUGUGAGUUUGUUUUAUGAUGUGGGUACUGUGAUACCACUUAGUCUGUUUCCACAGUAUGUGUGUUGAUGGCAACUGUGUCAGCAAUCUCCUGAUUCCUGUUUGUUGUAACUCUUACCCUUAGUUGCUAACAUUAUUGUUUAAGACUUACCUUUUACCACAGCACUUUUAGAAAUGAUGGCCAAUUUUAAGCAGUGGAUGGAUUUGUUUUUCCUAUGCUAAAUCUCCUUGAGUCCUGAUUUGACUUUUAACAGGACACGGUCACAGUUUCUUUACUUUUUCCAUGGUUAUUUCCAACUCAGUGGUGUUUAAAAAUAAAAUUUUUCCCCACCAGUGUUGUGCUUUUCCAUGUGAAUGCCAGCAUCAACAAUGCAGUCGGCUCAGAGAAUAGCAUCAAGCAACAGCCACUUAUAAAUAAGCAGAAGGAAACUGGAUUAUUAAAUCUCUCCCAAAGAAUCAUUUUGAUGAAUUUAGAGAAAUAGAAUAGUAACUUCUGCACUCUUUGUACCAUUUGUGACAGUCACAUUUUGUGUCCUUUCUACUGUUUGACAUUGUCCCUUUAAGUGCUACAUUCACAGACACAAUUUAGAAUGUUAAUUAAGUUGGACAGAAUGUUUCAUGCAACAGUUGUGUUUUAUAUUGUUUUAUAUUUAAUUGGGUAGCUAGUUUAUGGGCAUUAAAUGGGGGAAUUGGAGACAUAAAUGGAUAGUUCUGACUGUUCUGAUGUUUUAUAUAUGAGGGAGCUAUGUGUAGUGAUGCAGAUUGUUAACAACAGUUAAUAACAUUUGCUAAUAAGUCAAUGAGAAAGAGGAAGGUGGAAAAAACUGGUUUAUUUUACUCCAAAUGAGGGGCACUUGUAGCUUGAACUCCAGCCAGCGUCUGUUGUAGAAUCCACUUCUGCGUGCUCAGGCAGUUCUCACUUGAAUUCAGGGCAUUCACCCAUAAGUCGCCCCAGUAUACAUCUGUUCUGCAUUAAAGUUGUUGACAUUUGUAAGAACUGAUGCGUUAUAAGUCUCCCCAUUCUUAAGUCACACAAAAAAACCCACCCCAAUUUGCAGAAAUGGAAGUCAGCCGCGGGAAAAGAAUUCCCCACUGGAAGUUGUUUCGAUAUAAGUCCAAGUUUUUUGGAAUGUCUCUUGGACUUAUAGGG